AGGUCAAACUCCGUGCCCUGCCGGAGGCACUCACAGAACUGCAGCCUCUGGGCUGUCUUUGGGUGAAAACAGCAGUUGUGCACUGGGUAGACCAUGCGACUGGACCUACUUCGCGGGUGUCUGAACGCCGUGGUCUGUGGACUCCUGCUUCUCGUCCUGGGCCAGGGCCAGGACUCUGCCAGCCCCAUCCGGACCACACACACGGGGCAGGUGCGGGGGAGCCUCAUCCACGUGAAAGGCACUGAUGUGGGGGUCCACACCUUCCUGGGAAUUCCCUUUGCUAAACCGCCUCUAGGACCACUGCGAUUUGCACCCCCUGAGCCCCCUGAAUCUUGGAGUGGUGUAAAGGACGGGACCUCCCACCCAGCUAUGUGUCUGCAGAACAUCACUAUCACAAAUGAGAUGUUUCUGAAACUGCUGAAUGCGACCUUGCCUUUCACCUCCAUGUCCGAAGACUGCCUGUACCUCAGCAUUUACACACCGGCCCACGCCAGGGAAGGCUCCAAUCUGCCCGUGUUGGUGUGGAUCCACGGUGGUGGGUUUACGGUCGGCAUGGCUUCCAUGUAUGAUGGCUCUGCACUGGCGGCCUUUGAGGACCUGGUGGUGGUCAUUAUUCAGUACCGCCUGGGUGUACUGGGCUUCUUCAGCACUGGAGACAAGCAUGCAACCGGCAACUGGGGCUACCUGGAUCAAGUGGCUGCGCUACGCUGGGUCCAGCAAAAUAUUGCCUAUUUUGGGGGAGACCCUGGCCGUGUCACCAUUUCUGGCGAGUCUGCAGGUGGCACAAGUGUGUCCUCACAUGUCAUGUCCCCCAUGUCCAAAGGACUCUUCCAUGGUGCCAUCAUGGAGAGUGGUGUGGCUCUAUUGCCCAGCCUCAUUGAUAGCUCAUCUGAUGCGGUCUCCACGAUGGUGGCAAACAUGUCUGCCUGUGGCCAGAUUGACUCAGAGGCACUGGUGGACUGCCUGAGGGGCAAGAGUGAAGAGGAGAUUCUGGCCAUUAAUAAGCCCUUCAGGAUCAUUCCUGGCAUGGUGGAUGGGACCUUCCUGCCCAGGCACCCCCACGAGCUGCUGGCCUCUGCCGACUUUCAACCUGUCCCCAGCAUCAUUGGUGUCAACAACGAUGAGUACGGUUGGCUCAUCCCCUCGGCCUUGGACAUCUCUGACACCCAGAAGGACAGAGAGACUGUGAAGGCUAUUCUGCGGAAUAUGUUGGCAAUGUUGGUGUUGCCUCCUCAGUCUGUUGACAUAUUGAUGGAGGAGUACUUAGGGGACAGUGCAGACCCACAGACCCUCCAGGUCCAGUUCCAUGAGAUGAUGGGGGACUAUAUCUUCGUGAUCCCUGCACUCCAAGUAGCCAGUUUUCAACGUGUUCAUGCCCCCGUCUACUUCUAUGAGUUCCAACAUCGGCCCAGCUUCUUCAAGGACACCAAGCCGCCCCACGUGAGGGCAGACCAUGGUGAUGAGAUGUUCUUUGUCUUCGGAACUGCCUUCUGGAAAGGCUAUGUUGAAGUCACUGAGGAGGAAGAGCUGUUGAGCAGGAAGAUGAUGAAGUACUGGGCUAACUUCGCUCGAAAUGGGAACCCCAACGGCAAGGGUCUGCCCCACUGGCCUGUGUUCGACCAGGAAGAGCAAUACUUACAGCUGAACUUGCAGCCUGCGGUGGGCCGAGCCCUGAAGGCCCACAGGCUCCAGUUCUGGACAAAGACCCUACCCCAGAAGAUACAGGAGCUAAAGGAGGCGGAGGAAAAUCACAAAGAGCUGUAACUCCCUGUUACAUCCCUGUCUAGGGUGAGAGGGUGGAGGGGUGCAUUUGGGUGCAGGUGGGAGUCUACCGCAUAUGCCCACACACACCCACUGAGGAGCUAGUCGCUUCUGCCUUCGUUCACAUAGCCAUUCACGCAUGCUUCCAGCCAGCCAGCCCGCAAACAUUUAUUAAGGGCCUACCGCAUAUCACUUGCCAAGCCCCCCAUACAUCCUCUCAUGUUAGACAUACUCAGUGAAUGAAGCCGGGGAUGGGCAAAUCCCGAUGGAAGUGCACACCCCACUGAGCCUGGGGCCCCACCCCCUCUUCCUCACCUCUACCCCAUCCCCACCCUCCCUCCCCCCUCCCUUUGAAGGAGGGUGCUUUGGGAAAUGUUAACCACACCUGGCUCUCAACAAGCCCCACAUGCUCUCCUAUCUGUAAGUAGAAAAUCUGGAUGCCAGGAGCCCAGGAGCUCCGAGAUCUUGACCACCGAGGCCACCAGCUACUGUGAAUGUAAAAGUCCCUAUCCCACCUAUUGUCCCCUAGACUAAAUGUCAUCUAUCACUGACAUUUAAACACAACACUCAAGGGGCGCCUGGAUGGCUCAGUCAGUUAAACGUCUGACUUCGGCUCAGGUCAUGAUCUCAUGGUUCAUGGGUCUGAGCCCCGUGUCAGGUGCUACGCUGACAGCUCGGAGUCUGGAGCCUGCUUUGGAUUCUGUGCCUCCCUCUCUCUCUGCCCCUUCCCCUCUCACUCUCUCUCUCCAUCUUAAAAAUAAAUAAACAUUUAAACACAGCA